AUGACGCUCAUCAGCGACGCCAUCAAGGACGACCACAACGACCUGCGCGAGGCCCACAAGCGCAUCCUCAGCGCCAACACGCACGACGAAAAGGUGCGCUGGCGCAACCAGUUCACCUGGGAGCUCGCGCGGCACUCGAUCGGCGAGGAGCUCGUCGUGUACCCGGCGAUGGAGUCGCACCUGGACGACGGCAAGGCCAGGGCUGACCACGACCGGAGCGAGCACCAGACGGUCAAGGAAGAGCUCGUCAAGUUCCAGGACCUCGACCCCAAGGACCCGGCCUUCAAGACGACCCUCGACUCCCUCUGGGCCAACCUGGACAAGCACAUGGCCGAGGAGGAGGCCGACGACCUGCCCGCGCUCGAGAGGGCGCUGCCCGACUACGACGCGUCCGACAGGCUGGUCCGCCCCUUCGGCCGCACCAAAAAGUUCAUCCCCACGCGCUCGCACCCCAACGCGCCCGACAAGCCCCCCUUUGAGACCGUCGCGGGCCUCCUCGCCGCCCCGAUCGACCACAUCAGGGACCUGUUUAGGAAGUUCCCCGACGAGACCAAGACGGGCGAGAUGCCCCCUUGA